CUGAGAGGGGGAUGUCGGUUAUACCGGGGGCAAGUUGCUGUAAGCGGGUCUGAGUACGGGGGUGGGCGAAACCGGGGACAGCUGACCGAUGACGGAAAGCGGAAGAGGACCUCCACCGGUCGUGGUUGGUGGGGCAUGAAAUACGAUGGAUGGGCAGAUGGCAUUAAAACAAGAACACGGCAAUGAGAACAGGAUGCAUUUCCAGGAUUUUUUUGCUUCUCCUGCAAAAAGUGAUGCAAGCUCAGUUGAUAUAUAUGAUGGAUUGGACAUGGUAACUUCAACAGAUCAAGUAGCUGAAACGGGGAGUCCUUCAAGAAACUGUUUGGACCUUUAUGAAGAACUAUUAACAGAAGAGGGAACUGCUAAAGAAGCUUCAUUCAAUGAUCUAUCUGCUGAAUAUGAGAAUUGCCAGAAACAAAUGAAACAAUUGAUUGCAAAGAUGAAGGAAAUGCAGUCUUUGAACUCAAGCUUGCAAAAUGAAAAUCAGUGCUUAAAAAAGAAUAUUUCUGCUCUUAUUAAAACGGCAAGGGUUGAAAUUACACGUAAAGAAGAAGAGAUUAACAGACUGACUCGGAGGCCGAGUGGUCCAGGCAGAAACCACAGUUUCAAACUCAAUCCACUACCUUUGCGUACAGUGAAAACAAAAUCUAAUAAUGUUGACCACUCAAACAACAUAAGAUACACAGAAACCUUGCCAAAAAAAGCCAUCCCUUUGCAAUCUAAAGACCUCACAAGUUGCAAUUCUAAAAAUCUUUCUGAGAAGACGACUUGUAUGGAAAGUAGCCAAACAAGUACACCAAAAAAUCCAAUUGCUAAAGAGUCCAAGGAGAGCCCAGUAUACCAUUCACAGGAAAGAGGCUUGGAACCUCCAAGGUUGGAAGUAAAUGAUAAGAAUAGCAAAGAAGUGGACUUGGAUAGCCAGACUAUGGACACUGAGAGAAGUCGGACAAAGGAAAGACCCAGAUGUAGCUUUUCCAAUUCAGUAAAUGAAAGGUCUGAUCUGAAAGAAAAGACCCACAAGUCAUCACCAAAAUGUGGGGAAAAUGAAUCCUCUCAGGAGAAUAGAAAUUCAAAGACUGAGGUUGGCUGUGGGGCAGAAAACCACAAAUACCAUUCAAGCUCCACUAAAGAAAAGACGCAGGUGAAAGAUCUGGAAUACUCUAAAGAAAAGCAAGUAAAAAAGCAUGAAAGAUCACCACACAGAAGGGAGUCUAGAGCACAUGAAAAAGAAAAAAAUACAGAAUCUAGGCACAGAACUGACAAAAAUGAGGAACCUCGACGGUCAAAAAGAACACCUUUUUCAAAGGACAAUAGUGCCCAAAAGAUUUCAGAGCUGAGCGAUGGCAAAAGAAGCAGUGAUGUUUCUAGAAAGGAUAAUAGUGCCCAAAAGAUUUCAGAGCUGAGCGAUGGCAAAAGAAGCAGUGAUGUUUCUAGAAAGGAUAAUAGUGCCCAAAAGAUUUCAGAGCUGAGCGAUGGCAAAAGAAGCAGUGACGUUUCUAGAAAGGAUAAUAGUGCCCAAAAGAUUUCAGAGCUGAGCGAUGGCAAAAGAAGCAGUGAUGUUUCUAGAAAGGAUAAUAGUGCCCAAAAGAUUUCAGAGCUGAGCGAUGGCAAAAGAAGCAGUGACGUUUCUAGAAAGAAUAAUAGUGCCCAAAAGAUUUCAGAGCUGAGCGAUGGCAAAAGAAGCAGUGACGUUUCUAGAAAGAAUAAUAGUGCCCAAAAGAUUUCAGAGCUGAGCGAUGGCAAAAGCAGUGAUGUUUCUAGAAAGGAUAAUAGUGUUCAAAAGAUUUCAGAGCUGAGCGAUGGCAAAAGAAGCAGUGACGUUUCUAGAAAGGAUAAUAGUGCCCAAAAGAUUUCAGAGCUGAGCGAUGGCAAAAGAAGCAGUGACGUUUCUAGAAAGGAUAAUAGUGCCCAAAAGAUUUCAGAGCUGAGCGAUGGCAAAAGCAGUGACGUUUCUAGAAAGGAUAAUAGUGCCCAAAAGAUUUCAGAGCUGAGCGAUGGCAAAAGAAGCAGUGACGUUUCUAGAAAGGAUAAUAGUGCCCAAAAGAUUUCAGAGCUGAGCGAUGGCAAGAGAAGCAGUGAUGUUUCUAGAAAGGAUAAUAGUGCCCAAAAGAUUUCAGAGCUGAGCGAUGGCAAAAGAAGCAGUGAUGUUUCUAGAAAGAAUAAUAGUGCCCAAAAGAUUUCAGAGCUGAGCGAUGGCAAAAGAAGCAGUGACGUUUCUAGAAAGGAUAAUAGUGCCCAAAAGAUUUCAGAGCUGAGCGAUGGCAAAAGAAGCAGUGACGCUUCAAGAAAGGAUAAGCGUUCUUCAGAGUACAACGAGUCCAAACAUGAAAAAAAAGACUCAAAACCAAGCAAGUCUGAAAAUUCAACAAGAAAUAUGCCCAGUAGUGAAAAUAAAACUGAAAGAUCUGAUCGUGAUAGAAGAGGAGAUGAAAAUAAAAGAUCUAGAGAUGAACAAGCUAGAAGUAGAAAUGACCGAAAUGAUAAAGGCCACCGAACGAAAGAAAAAGACAUGCAUCUGUCUCCAAGCAAAGAUAAAGGCUUGCAUUCUAAAAUAAGUGACAAGGGCAAAAGUAGAGAAAAAGUUAAAGAGGACAGCAUUCAAAAAGACUUGAAACUGUCAUUUAUGGAAACCCUUAAUUUAACACUUUCUCCUGCUAAAAAAACCUCUGACACACAGCAAGUGGUCUCCGGUGCAUCCAGUAUGGAAUGUGAGGUGGAGGGGAAAGUAGCUGAAGGCUCUUCCCAGCUAUGUGUGAUUGAAGACAGUACUGACUCUCUACAUCCUCAAAAGACAGAUUUGAAACCCAGUGAACAUGUUUCAAUGGAUAAUAACACAACCAAAGAAGACACCAAUCUAGUGUCUCAAUUUGGACCUGUUGUAGACCAUAUAGUGUGUUUAAAUGAGCAGCAACCAAGUUCCACUGUUGAGGAGAACAGCGAGUUAUUGGCAGAAUUAACACUAGACGAUAAACAGGCUGGGUCUACUGUUCUAGAUACAGUGAGCGCUGAAGUGAAGGACACACACAGUCUUGUAGAUGAUUCAGAAAUUUUUGAUCUUGAUUCAUUUAUAGAAAUUGAUAGAUGCAGUGGUAGUCCUUCUGACACUCCUAAUGUGUCUGUGCCUGCUGAACAGAGUGAAGAUGACGGCAGUGUCUUGAAGCAAAGUGAAGAUGCAGACAACCAAGCCAUUAAACUGAAAUCAAGUCUAACUGAAACCCCAAAAGGUAUAUGUGAAACACCACGUAAUGACUUUAUAAAUGUAAUCGCAAAAGGAAGUGAGAAUAAGCCAUGUUUCCAUGAUGAAGGCUCUAUCGACUUAAACUCUCUAAGACAUAUUCCAAAAGUCCUCAGCCCGCUGAAAAGCCCAGUCCGGCCUAAAGCUCAGCAUACACUUGAGCGCACAGCUAAGGCUUCUGUAGUGAGCGUUUUAUAUAAAGAAUCACUACCAGAGACAAACGCCAAACCUACCUGUUUGUUAGUAUCUGAAGAUUUAAACAAGGAAAAUUGUCAACCGGAUAAUAAGUCAGACUUUGGCAGUAAAAUUCCUGCAGUGACCUCUACUGAUGAAGUUGAAGAGGGGGAGACAGUCAGUGAAGAUGAACAAUUUUGUAAGCAAACAAUCCAGUCUAAAAGUAGCCCUGACCAAGUGACAAGUGUGAAUAAAAGUCAGUCUGGUCAGGAUAGUGAACUACUGUUUUUGCCCAAGCCAGAAACACUGACUACAGCACAAAAAAAAUCUACUAAAAGUAAAACUAAAAUUGACAAACAAGCAGCAUUGUCAACUAGUAAACGAAAAAAAGAAAGUGCAGAUUCUUGCCUUGACGGGAUUUUAAAAAUUGUUACUCCAUCAAGUAUACAAGAUGUUCUACAGAUGUUACGAAUUAUAAGGAAACAUAUAAGAAAAAAAUACAUGAAAUUUAAGAUUCAGUUUUCACUUAAUCAGUUCCAUCGGGUAAUUGAAAGAGCAGCGUUAUAUUUUGUUAGUCUGGUAAGAAGUCUAGACUGGUCCAGCUUGUGUUCCUUACCAGAAAGAUUGCAAAAAAAACUUUGUAAGCACAUUGAGACCAGACUGAGAAUGUUGAAAAAGAAUGGGAUUGUAGUCAGAAUUUUUGACCAAUCUCUUAUUGAUAUGAAGACAAGUCUGUGGAAAUUCGUAGAUGAGCAGCUUGAUUCAUUGUUUGACAUCCUUAAAGCAGUGCUUUUAAAACUUUGUGACAAGGCUGAAGUUGAAAAAAAUAUAGUAUCUUGUACAAACACCCAAAAAUCUGAUCCUGUGGAAAAUUCUCGAAAUAAGAGAUGCAAAAAUAUGGAUAAGGUAUGUUUACGUUCAUCAGGAUCAAUGCCUUGUCUAAGGCGACUUGAGUUUCACAAUCAAGCAACAGUAACAAAUCCAAAUAAUGAAAACACUGUGCUGCAUAAGGAACUUGUAAAGGAGUUAACAGGAAUUGGUUUUAACUCUGAGAAUGUUGAUAUUCCUUCUAGUAAUGUCAGCUCAACAUCAGAGCCUCCCCAUGUUUCACCUUCCAAGUCUUUUGCGUCUAAUGCACCAUGUCCCAAAAGUCAACUAAAUUCUUCAGGUCUGUCUUUUAAUUUGGUGAGUGAUGAUCACAUGGGAGACGUUUUUAAGAGUUUGCUUCACAACUCAGAUAAUUUACCAUCUAACACCUUGAUAGAAGAUGAGUGGAUAUUAGAAACUCCAAAAAAAACGGCAUCAUCCAGUAAGAAAUUUGAGAAUGUGGAUUCACUGUCUGAAAAUAAAACGCCAACAAAAUCAGCUUUUUCCUGGUCUUCCAUCUCUCCUCCACAUAUGCACACUUUUUCUAGACUUGACACCGUACUAAACCCUGAUGUCUUUGAUGAAAACUGCCUGCUAGAGGUUCCUACCAGUUCCUCUUCCAUCAAGACCUUAAGUGGCUCUGAGGAUCGACUGAAAUCCUAUUCUUCAGUUCUUAUGGAGGAUCUUGCAGUGUCUUUAACUCUUCCAUCACCUCUGAAAUCAGAUUCACAUCUCAGUUUUCUUAGACCAUUUUGUGAUACAGAGCCCAUAUCGAAACUUGAUGUAAAAUACUGUGAAGGGUCAUUUUUGGAUGAACUGACUAAUGAAGAUGCAACUGAACAAGACAUACAUUUAACUUUGGAUUCUGAUAACUCAAGCACUGGAUCUUCAGAAGAUACAGGUCAAUCGGGCAGCUUUCAGUACCAUCCAAGUGAACCCAUGCAGGCAGUUAUAAUGGAAAAAUCGAAUGACCAUUUUAUUGUUAAAAUAAGGCGUGCUGUGUCUUCUAGCUCUCCAGUUUGUGACUCCUCAUCUGAAGGGACUGAUAAUACUGUACCAGAAUCUUUACAAACUGUCGACGGUAAUAAACCUGAAAUGGAAACUAGACUGGACACAAUGUCGGAAGCACAUAAUGGCAGCAUACAGCUCCAUCCAAAUCCCUUACAUUUAACAAAUCUCACAGACAAUUAUUUAAUUGAUUUAAUGAGACCUGAUGAAGUCUCAGUCCCAGACGAAUCUGUAUUUAAAUUGCCUCCUAGUAGAAGCCACCUAGAGUCCCCAGCUGCAAUGAAGAGAAUAGCAAAUUAUAUUGUAGAACAUUCUGAAAUAAGUUGUGAGAAGAGUGUUACAAGCUGUAUAGAAGAAACAUGCAAUGCAGAAGUGCCUGCUGACAUAUUACCUAAAAAAACUUCUGAUGCCGGCACUGUGGAUUUAAAUUUGAAGAAGAAAAGGAAAUCGCUAGAUGAGGAGCCAUCAGCCAAACGUAAAAAAACUUCGCCUCCUGAUGAGGACAAAGGUACCAAGCAUUAUAAAACUGAAAGCUUACUUCUAGAGAAGGCCGAUAAAAAGAGACACACAAGAGCUGUUAGUGAUGGGGCUAUAAACUUCCAUUCCUCCAAAGUCUCUCCAACCAACUUGUCUGCGAAGAACGUUAUCAAAAAGAAAGGAGAAGUCGUCAUUUCUUGGACAAGAGAUGAAGACCGUACAAUUCUCCUAGAGUGUCAAAGGCUUGGGCCAACUAAAAAGACAUUUAUCUUCUUAUCUUCAAGUAUGAAUAAGUAUCCACAUCAGGUGGAAGAACGGUUCCGACAGUUAAUGAAGCUCUUCAAGAAAAGCAGAAAUUCCAGCAGCUGAAAAUGCUCCUGUUCAUGUGCCUCCAGUGUUUGACACAAAGAAGAGACUAAAUGUUGGCCGAUGACAAUCAGAACAUGUUUCUGAUUUUUGUAAAUAUCGUAAGAUAUAUGUAUUCUAGAGGAAACUCCUUGAACAGAAGCUGUGUAGGGAUUCGGACAGCUUCAGAUCCAUUUCCAGCAUCCACAUUAUGUUGCACUUGUGUCUAUCUUUAUGUAUGAAUGACUUUGCAGGUAAUUGACAAACUGGUCAUUAUUUGGCGUUAGUAAAGUUGUAAUAUUUGUAACUAAUAAUUGGUUGCCUCGAUGUUAAAGGGAACCUGACACCUCUACUAUGCUGCUCGUGCAUGUAGUGUCAGACCUGCUGAUUUUACAGCACUGACAGUGAGAUCUUCGCACCACGGGCCUAUGCUGCAAGGAAGAUGAGACUUGUGGCCCUACCCUCCCCGCCUCCUGAGCAUGACUGGCAGGUUUCUUUCAUGUUACUCAUAGGAAAGAAACCUGCCAUUUAUGGGGGAGAGCAGGGCUACGCGUCACUAUUGGCACACGAUGUGAGGGUCACCGUAUCGGUACUGAAUACGAGCCCGUAAAUUAUAGCCUGCUGAAAUCGGCAAGUUUGUCACUGUAUUAUGCUGUCACUAUAAAAUGCCAAAAGAAUAAAUCUUGCUAGUAUCAACUGCAGUAAAGGCAAGAUGUCUUGUAUUAGUUGUAACAAAGUAAGUCUACUGCAUCAGACCCAGUUUUGUUUUGUUUUUUAAGCUGCAGUUUCUGGAGCCAAAGCAAGAAGUGGAUCCCGCAUGAUGAAGUAUCCAUCCUUCCUUUAUAUUUCCUAUUCCAUUUGAAUCCACGUCAGGUUUUGCCUCAAAAACUGCAGCUUGUAUAACCUACCUGAAGUGGUUUUCCAAGAUUUAGUAAAAAUUGGCAGAGAGCAUUGAUCAGAGUAAAAAUAGAAAAAAAACUUUGGUCCCCCUCCAUUCAUGUGACUGCUUUACAUAACUACUCAUUUUCUGCACAUGUGACUACUGUUGCCAGUGAUUGGCUGCAGUGAUCACGUCAACGAUGAACAGCUCAUGACUGGUGCAAGCCCAAUGGGGAUCAGAGUAGUGGAAACUUUUUUAAAAGGUAAGGUGAUUUUCAUUGAUAUACUGCCAAUUAAAAAAAAUAUGUACUUAGAAAACUCCCUUUACAUAGUCCAGUAUAAACAUGUGUUACAUGAUGAUGGUAAGCAACAGUUUUAAAAUGUCUUUUCAGUCCUGAUGUUAACAAAACAUUUACAUACUUUUUUUAAAUCCAUUGUCUGAGUAUGCAAAGGCAGUCACCUUGAUUCAUCAUUUACAAAAAACAUUUCUGUUGGGGCUGAUGCAAAUAGAGAUCUUCAAGAACAUAGCCAUAAAACACUAUUGGGCUACUUUCACAUUAGCGUUUUCAAUUCUGCUAUUGAGAUCUGUCAUAGGAUCUCAAUAGCGGAAGAAAACACUUCAGUUUUGUCCCCAUUCAUUGUCAAUGGGGACAAAACUGAACGAAGCGGAAUGCACCAAAAUGCAUUCUGUUCCUCUUGGUU